AUGUGUGAAGUUAAAGUGCUUUCUUUUAGUUGCCAGUCCAUUGCUCGCCUUCGUCUUCUUCCUCCAUUUUUCCCUUGUAAUCUCCACCUCCCACCCAUUCCCUCUCCCUCUCUGGCCUCUCCCCACCCGCGUCUCCUUCCACAACCCCAUCUCCAUCCCCAUCUCUCCCUCCUUCCACAUCCUCACCCCCAAUCUCCACCCCGGCCGCCACCUCCUCUCCGCCAUCAACCGCCACACCCACCUCCUCCUCUCCGAACACUUCAUCCCCUUCGUCCCCCCCUCCCUUCCCCCCCCCCCCCCAACCCCCCCCCCGGCCGCCACCUCCUCUCCGCCAUCAACCGCCACACCCACCUCCUCCUCUCCGAACACUUCAUCCCCUUCGUCCCCCCUUCCAUUCCCCUCUCCCCCUCCUCCCCCCUCCUCUCCCUCUCCCUCUCCAUCUCCCACCCUUCCUCCCCUCUCCUCCCUUCCACCAACGAAUCAUACACCCUAUCCAUCUCCUCCACCUCCGGCCUCGCUUUAAUCUCCGCCGAUACCCCCUGGGGCGCCAUCCGUGCCCUCGAAACCCUCUCCCAGCUCGCAUGGGGCAACCCUCCCGUCAUCGUCGCCGAUAUCUUCAUCGCCGAUCAGCCGAUUUUUGAGCAUCGAGGUUUGAUGCUCGAUACGUCGAGGAGCUAUUUUCCUGUUAGGGAUUUGAAGAGAUUGAUUGGUGCGAUGGCGGCGAAUAAGAUGAAUGUCUUUCAUUGGCACAUCACGGACGCCCAGUCUUUCCCGAUCGAGCUGCCUUCGGAGCCGGAGCUGGCGGAGAAAGGAGCCUAUGGUCCUGAGAUGCGGUACUCGGUGGAGGAUGUUAGGGAUUUGGUGGAGUUUGCUUUGGAUCAUGGUGUCAGGAUCGUCCCUGAAAUUGAUUCUCCUGGCCACGCUGGCUCAUGGGCCGGAGCCCAUCCCGACAUUGUUACUUGUGCCAACAUGUUCUGGCUACCCGACGGCCCAGACAACUGGUCCACUCGCCUUGCCUCCGAACCCGGCACCGGCCAACUCAACCCCCUCCACCCCAAAACCUACCGCGUUCUCCGUCACAUAUUCUCCGACCUCGCCUCCCUCUUCCCUGAUCCUUUCAUCCACGCCGGCGCCGACGAAAUCGCCCCUUCCUGCUGGUCCACCGACCCCACCAUCCGCUCCUACCUCGCCGCCGGCAAAACCCUCUCCUCCCUCCUCUCCACCUUCAUCAACUCCAGUCACCCCCUCAUCACCUCCCUAAAUCGGACCGCAAUCUACUGGGAAGACGUCCUCCUCAACGCCGAAGUCAAUGUCCCCGGUUCCCUCCUCCCCCCUUCCACCACCAUCCUCCAAACAUGGAACAACGGCCCGAACAACACAAAACUCAUCGUUUCCGCCGGAUACCGCUCCAUUGUCUCGUCCUCGGAUUUCUAUUACCUCGAUUGCGGCCACGGCGACUUCCCUGGCAACGAUAGCAGCGGCGGCGUGUCGUGGUGCGGGCCGUUCAAGACUUGGCAGAUGAUAUAUGACUACGAUAUUUUGGAGGGGAUUGAGGAGGAAGAGGAGGCGAGGUUGGUGUUGGGAGGGGAGGUGGCGCUGUGGACGGAGCAAGCGGAUGGGGAGGUUUUGGAUGGGAGGGUUUGGCCAAGAGCGGCGGCGAUGGCGGAGGCAUUGUGGUCGGGGAAUAGGGAUGAGACAGGUAGGAAAAGGCAUGCGGAGGCGACGGAUAGGUUGAAUGGAUGGAGGGAGAGGAUGGUGUGGAGGGGGAUUAAGGCGGAGCCGAUUCAGCCUUUGUGGUGUCGGAAGAAUCCGGGGAUGUGCAAUCUUGUUAAAUAGCAUUGUAAUUGUUGGUUCUGUUUAUUAGUGCUGACAAAAUAACUUUGAGGCAUUCCUUCCA